AUGCCCGUAAUUGCCCCACCAAAGCGUUACGUGUUGUCUGGAAUGAUUUUUGUUGGUUUUUUUGUUAUGUCUGGUUUACGAGUCAACUUGAACGUAGCUAUCGGCGCCAUGGUUAAAAACCACACGGCAGUGGUGGACGGACAGACCAUUUGUAGGGUAAGCCUGUAUAAAAAAUAUUCCUCUAUUUAUGUCCCAUUUAUGAUAAACGUAUUACUUUGAACUUUAUUUUCCCAUUAUAAUUAUAUGUACAUUCAGCGGCAAAGCCGGGUACAAACUGUUCCCGACAUCUUUAGUUCUUGAAAUAAGGACUCAUUUUAAAACGGAAACGUUAAACAACCGGUGGUAUAUUGUAUGGCGAAACUGAACGCUUUCAAGAAUAUAGAAUAGAUCUUAGAUUAAAUUUGCCAUUGGCUUUACGAAAGGACUACCUGAGAUCAGAAAUAUUUUUAGAAGAGAAACACUUUUGAAAUGUUUAAUAGACCUUUUUACCGAUACGGCGGCCAUAUUGCAUUUAUUAGAUUUAAGGAGUAUUAUGGGAUGCCCUGGGGGAACUCGCUCAGUAUUUGCGCGCUUUUCGGGCGAAAAGAGAACUUCAAUGUAUAUUUCUCGGGAAAAAGGCGAUCAUUAUUACAUCCAAACACUGCACAACAAUCUUUUUUUCCCAUAACAAUCUUUUUCUAGGAAAUCUAAAAGAAAAAUUGACCAGCGUAAAUACUGACCGAGUCCAUAUCGGAUCAAGCUCAUGCCCCCUGGGCAUCCAAUAAUACUCCUUAAUCUUAUUAAUUCAAUAUGGCCGCCGUAUCGGUAAAAAGGUCUAGUAAAUUUUCAACUUCAUUUCUGAAUUUUGCAGCUAAAUUCAAAAUGUUACGCUCUUUCCGUUAGAAUUCACCUCAUUCGAAAACGUUUUUACACUCGUCGCCAUUAGCUCAACAAACUCGCCUUGUCAAAUCGCCGCAUCAUAUUUCAAACUCGACCUCAUAUAUUUCAACCCAACUUUUGAAUUUUCGUUACGCUUCAAGCCUUUUCGGGGAUGGGAGAUGGCGACCGAUUGAUCUCCUCCCCCGGCCCUUUCUGCUUUUUCGUCCAUCAUCCUAGUUGGUAGGCAACACUCGACUUCUACUUCAUGCCAAAAUGUAAACACCCUCACGAGGCCAGUGAAAAUAAAAUCGAAGGAGCAAUCACCAAGGAGCAAUGCAACCUUAUUUUUAUUAUCAGCCUGGCCCGGAUUGCUCGAAGCAUGGUUAGUGCUAACCAGCGUUAAAUACCAUGGAAACCUGUACAUUUUGAUACCUCUUAACCAACGGUUAGCUCUAACCAGGCUUCGAGCAACCGGCCCCUGAUCAUAAACGGGGGAAGAAGAAAUUACCUCGCCAUUCGAUUCCCGGAUUAGGUCGCAGAUCUCAAAAUGAUUAGUUCGUUAGUUAGGAAAGCUCUUCUGUUUCACUAAAAAUUAUCAAAUGGAAUUUUUCAUUUGCACUGUAACAUAGUUUCAUUUCAUUUUUCUGUCCGUAAGUUACCCAAAAAGGAGAAUCUUGUUAAGCAAGCAAUCUGCUUUUCGUAGAAAACAAGACUUAAAAAAGUCCGGUUUUGCGAACUUUAAAUUUACUCUUACAAUUAUAUCUACUAUGAUGAAUAAUUUCUAGUAUAACUAUUAUUUAUAAAUAUAUGAUAAGUAAAAUCAUAAUUUAUGAACGUGGAGUUCGGCACGGCAGUAGCGCGGCGAAGUUCGCUGUGUUUGGGUGGAUUUCCACUGUCGCGUAAUCUGUACUUGCGCAUGUACGUUAAUUUUACGCGCGUAAAUAAAAUGGAGGCAGCGCAUGGAAGGUCGCAUGUGAACGCAAAAGUUGAAACUCUCUCUCAACUUUAAUGUUUACGCGCGGCCUCUAUUUUACUCACGCGCUUAUAGUUUACGUACGUACGCUCGUAAAAAUUAUCCGACAGUGGAAAUCCACCCUCAUAAGGGGCGCAGUAACACUCUUUAGUUUCAAACGUCGUGUUGCCCGGUCUUGACAGAUCCGGCACGUUAAUAGCAUGCCAGGCGCUUGAGACAGGCCUGAGUUUGCACCGGAUCAAAGUGACGAGAAUUCUUUUUGCUUUCUUUUGUCGGGGUUUGAGGGAGGGAUUCAAAUUUGGAAAAACAAGCUGAAAGCCGAGCUUUAUUCCAGAUAUGACACCCCAUACUAUUCAAACACUUCCAGUUAGGUAAAACUGAAUCUUGACUCUCCGCCAUCUCAGCUAUAAACCGAGUUUUAAUCGUAGAGAUCUGAAUUUUCAGUUAAUCAGUCUCUCGUUUCUUCCCCACCUCAAAAACGUUGCCUUUUAUAUUCCGUGUUCCUGGAGCCAAUGGUCCUAUCCACUUAUUUAUCAAAUACUUAAGUGUCGUACACAACUACCAAGGGAAAGUUAGCCACGACUUCGUAGCGUCGAAUAAGGCACAUUGUAAAAUCUGUCUUCAUCUUUUAUGUUUUAUCUUUAACAGGAAGCAGAGUUCAAAUGGGAUCCAGAGUUAAAAGGUAUCAGAAUAUAAUUUGCCUACCGUACGCAAUACUCGAUAAUUUUCCGUAGAUUCACAAACUGCAACUUAUAAAUGUGUAUAUUCGGUAACAGUUACUUAAGAUAGCUCGUAUCGACGCAUAAGAUGGCUUUUAUCCAUCUUUGUAUUGAGUGGAACUCAAGGUAAUCCCCGUAUCAUUAAAACCUUUUUAAGCAUCUGAGAAAGAAGAGAAAAUGGGGAACCUGCUCUUCCCUCGCCUCACUUUCCUCGCAUUUUUUGCGCUCUCGCUUCGUUGGCGCGUUAAGGCUUACAAUAGUUACAACCACGAGAUUAAUUAUCAUGAAUGCCUAGAACAAUUGUGUUUCUAGAGUGUUUCAAAUAAUGACUUAAAACGGCUAAUGAUAAGAAAACACAAGAUCGCCAGACUGAAACGAAAACGCACACAGAGAAACCCUGCAUUGUGAGAUUCAGCAUAAUUUGAUUUGACUGAGAAGUGAGCGAACAGUAGAAGUAUUAUUUAAUUUAGUUGAAAUUAUUUAUAGUUUCUACGUGCUUUUAUCCUACAGUCAUUGUUAGAUGAAGGGUCAUUAUUCUGUACUGUCUCUUCGCUUUCUCCAGACCCUCCAAACGUUGUCUGAGUCUCUUCCUUUGCCAGGUAUAAUCCUCGGUGCAUUUUAUUACGGUUACAUGGUGUUCCAGAUUCCUGGUGGAUGGCUGGCCUUACGGCUGGGCGGGGCACGUCUUUUUGGAGCUGCGGUGCUUGUAGCAUCAGUGUUUACCUUGAUGACUCCUUUUGCGACCAGAUGGAGCCCAGUUGCUUUGAUUUUACUAAGGAUAUUAGAAGGACUAGUGCUUGUAAGUGUACUCUAUACUGAGAAGAAACGAUGUGACCACAACAAGACAUCUUAUAUUUACCGUUUAGAGAGAGAGAGAGAGAGAGAAAAGUUUCAUGAAAGGCUACUACCUUUUGCGCCCGACUUUACGCUAACACUUUGCACAAAAACUGUUCCAAUUUUAACCAAGAAAAUACCUUAGGGUCGGGUGAAAUUAACAAGAGUUUAAAAUGAAACUAUGCUGACUCUAUCAAGGCAUCUCCACCCGAUACUCAAGAAAUGCCGUGUUUGCUAUUAUAUAAAUCUUUAUUUAAUGGAAUAAACAGCAGCGGUAGUUGCUUUUAAUAUAGUAUUUCAAUUAUGACAGCGCGCUUAUUCAAACCUGAAUGUAAACAAAUUAACAAAUUUUAACAAACUAUGCUGGCCCUCCCUCCACUUAUACUUGCGAGGCAAGAAACGCCAUAUUUGCGGUCAUGUGAUACAUCCCUAUUUAAUGGCAAUUUACAGCAGGGGUAGUAGCUUUUAUAGAGCAUUCUAAUCAUUACUCACUUCUUUCAGUGCGCUUAUUCACACCUGAAUGUAAGCAAAUUUCUGCCUUGUGAUAUAAUAUGGACGUUGGUACUAAGUGACAGCUCCUAGAAUACACCGUCAGCCGAGCAACUAAGCGAUCCAGUGUGCAUCGCAACUUAAAGGCACUUUCAUACAAUUUUACUUUCACUUUAAAAUAUCCGCGAAAGCAAUGGUGGGAGUGUCCAUGCAAAGAAAUGGGUAGAACCGGACUGCUGAUUCUCCAUUUGUCAGAACUGACCAGCCAGACCAUUCCCGUCGCUAAAAGAAUUUCCUUUUUAAUCAAAACCCUCCAGCCAGAUCAGUCAAAUCCUAUAUAGUAUGCACCAAAGAGCUGGUUUUUCAGCAAGACUCUUGGAGAACGCCUAUUUCAUUUUCAAACUGACUGGUCAGGCAAUGGUCCGGCCGGCCAGUUCUGACAAACGGAAAGCGCCCUAACAAAAACGUUCAGGUUCAGUUAGUACUUUCUAAUGUUACUGUACUAUUAGAGUAAUGAACUGUUCGGUCUCCUCAUUGAAUUACUUCCUUUCUAUCACAGUAAGACGUGUUGCAUAUAUGUUUCUUAGGGUGUCUUAUUCCCAUGUAACCACGCCAUCUGGAGUCGCUGGGCGCCUUCUGCUGAGAGGACAACAUUAGUAACUGUGUCCAUUACAGGUGUGUGUUUUGCUCAAUGAUCACUCGUCAUAACAGCCAUUAUUAAAGAAGCUGGGUCCAAAGUUAGUUAGUGAGAACUGACCAUCAAAUUGAGCAAAACAACCUGGAAAUAAUCGUAGAACAACGAAAACAGAUUUAUUAAAUAACACAAUCAUGCAGUUCAGCUAACAGAAAAGAAGGAAGAAAAGAAGGUUAAAAGAAGAUUAAAGCGGAUUACAACUGUUUGUUCUCAUAUAACGAGCCAGCAACAGUUUGGUAGGCUAGCAACAAAUCUUGACAGAAUAAAAACAGGAGAGAAAAAAAGUAAUAAAAAUAUAAAUAAAUAAAAAAAAUAGUGAAAAAAUCCCCUUCCAUAGCUUGCUGGAAAGUAGUCGUUUAAGUUUCAUGACAUUUAAAAUCUGUCUGUUUUUUGCAUUUCUGUUAGGAGCUAGCACUGGAUAUUUACUCACCAUGCCUAUUUCCGGUCUAUUGACCAAAUAUGGUUUUGACGGAGGCUGGGCCUCUGUUUUUUACUGCUUUGGUAAGCAUUGAUUAUUCUCACAGCCACCCCAGGCUCCUUGGAGGGCUGCAGUUUAAUUAAUCCAAAAUUAAUCGAUUUAGGGGAAAACAUGACAUAAUAAUCUCUUAAGGGUAUUUUCAGUACUCUCACUUGUGACAAGACAACAACAUCGAUAAACUAUAUCUAGUUAAUUUUGGUAUUUGGUUUUUUUUGAAAUUUUGAAAUUGUAAGGUUAAAGUUUUCAAAAGAAACAGUCUGUUUUUCAGCUCUAGAAACUAGCUUACACAGCGUUAUUUGUUAUUUAUAAAGAAUAUGGUAUAAAUAUCGUUCUGACCAAGCAUAUUAAGGUCAUUAUGGCUAGAUAUUCAGAUAUUGGCCAAGUUGUUGCUGGUUUUUUUUGCAUUGUUAUUUCUAGCCAUCUUGACGCGAAAAGUUUGGUCAAAAACGGAUUUCCUAUGUGAUCAAAGACAACCUUUUCGUCGUAAAAUAUCUUAUUUAAUCUUGUUCUUGGAACUAGCCAUGUCAAAGAAUAAUGACCACUAUUAAUAAUAGUUUGUAUGACAUUGUGGUUAGUACUCAAUUUGCCUAAAUUUGCGUGACACUGCCCCGUUUAAUUGAUUUAAUUUCUUCCUUUACCAGGAGUUUUUGGUAUUGUGUGGUACACUGCCUGGAUAGUAGUAGUGUAUGAUUCACCCUCGGUGCAUCCCACAAUAUCCGAUGAAGAGAAAACAUUAAUACAAGCCACUGCUCUGGAUCUUUCUAAGGUAGCGAAAGUAAUAUUGACAAAACUUUGAGCCACUUGUAAAGAGGCCGAGCGAUGCUGAAAAACGUUCUAAGCUGAAGAGGUUAAAGUAGACUGCGUGUCGGGUGCGUUAAUUAAUUUGUUUAGUAUUUAAAGAGCGCCUGAGGGAAACACGCGAAGACGGAAAGAGGCGGCUCUCCUUUUCUCCCCUCAUGCCCUGUCAAUAAUCUCGUGCCCAGAUCUCUUGUCGACGAAGCCAAAGGCGAGAUCUGGUCAAAUCGCAUUUGUACCCGUGAUCGUCAGGAAUGUGACAGGCGAUGAAAGAGAGAAUGCUUGAAAUAUAUCCUCAAACUGGCGGCCGUGUUUCGACGUGUUUUAAAAACAACGAAUUUGAUAGAGCCGUGAAGUUUUCUCUAACAAAACUUUGUUAUACGUACUGCUCAAGCAUGAACCAACUAAUUUGUUGUUGUUGUUCAGUGAAACAUUAAAUGUAACGCGGCAAUUAGUUUAAAAUAAAUUAUCAUGGCGCGCGCAAAAAGCUUAAAGCAGUUCGCGUCAACUUCUACAAGACAUUUUUUUUACCCUUUUCAAAAUUAUCUUGAAACCGAGAGAAAGUUUUAAAAAGUCUUCAAUGCAAAGAUAAGAUUAAAACGGUUUUACAAGACGAAAAAUUACUUCCUCGGUGAAUUUAUUUGAACAGGAGAGCUGAAGACUUUGCAAAAGGCCCACGUCAAAGCGCGCACAGAAGUCAACACUCACGUCAUUCGCUCACAAUCUAGCCGAUCAAAAUAAUUUUUCUUACUUGACCAGAUCUCUCCUUUGGCUUUGUCAACAGAGAUUUGGGUACGAGAUUGCCCUGUCGAGCGUAAGGGGACUUAAGAGAACCCACGCUGCUAGUCAAAGAGAGUAGGGGGCGCAGAUCCUGGUGAUAUGGGCUAUCUCUUAUAUGUUCUAUCUUUCUCAUGAGUGUAGGGAACGAACUGUCAACACCGGUCGGCAGUAAUUGGCUUCAUGUUGUUGCAAUGACCCUAAAUACUAAACAACAACAACAACAACAAAAAACAAAACAAAAAGACAGUGCGGCUAUGGAAGUCCUGGCUGUGGAACGAUGCCACAGUUUGCACAUAAAGGUGAAAUGCAGUGCUCUAAAAAAUAUACGUUUACCUAAAACGAGUUUCAAAACGUAUCGUUUUGUUGUAUAGUCAAUAAAAUAUUGGGGUAUUUAAAAAACUGGAUAAGAGAUUGUGGAUGAAGUCUUAGGGCACGUUUUCUUGGUUUACCCGUAUUUCAGGUUGAUACGCUUCUUAUUCCUUGGAAAUCAAUUCUUACGUCACCACCAGUAUGGGGAAUAGUAGCCGCUAACUUUGCACUUGACUGGGCAUUUUAUGUUUUACUUAUAUCGAUGCCAAUUUUUCUGUUAGAUGUCAUGAAAACAUCCAUCACUAAGGUAAAUAUGUUAAGUCAUAUAACUGGCUCUGUCUAUAAUUCCACUUCAUAUACAUGUAUAACAGAGAGAGGUAUAGCCUGAGAAAAACAGCCGACAUUUUGCGACUCCACCAGCGGUUUCCCGGCGAAAAGAGAACAGAGGAACGGGCGCAUAAAUUCCAUACUGAUGACGAGUCACUACCCUAAUCUGGGUGGUGCUUCUGAUUGGUCGACGCAAAUUUCCCUCGCAACACGUCCAAUCUAAAACAUUACUCGGAUAUGCGUGUCACAGUCAACUAUCUCUUAGACAGACAGCAUUGGGACAGCUACCUUAAAUAUCCGUCUUAGAGAGAUACCCACUGUAACUAUAUACAGAGAACAGAGUAGUAGAAAAACGAACGGCGACGCUACACGAAAGACUCGAAGCUCACAUCUUUUAGGGAAUCACAAGGCUUCAAUCGGUCUCAACGAUUGAAAUACACUUUACAGUACGACUUCUCUGAUUGAUACACAUUUAAUGUAACACGCACUGAUACGAUACGUCUCAUCCGUCUUUUCAGAAAGACUAACAAAGAAAGGGUCUAAAGAUCGGGAGAUCCUGCACCUCUUAUUUCACUGGUCCCCUUUAAUCUGCACUUCCAUUGUUUUCAGGGAUAGGGGCAUUGUUAUGUGACAAUCCCUAUUGUUUUCCCAGCUUGUCAAAAACAGUCUUUCAAAUAGGUGCAGGUCUACUGUAAAGAUCAACAGACUAAUUUAGGCGUCAGUUUCAAGAAGGUAUCGGUCCGAAAGAAGAAUCUGUUUAAAGACGAGUUGCCGACCGCAUAAUUAUGUUGUGCUUUUAUCCUUGCUUCAAAUUACUUUCCCCCUUGUUGUUAGGUGUGGAAAUAUAUGAAAGUGAGCUUCAAGAGAGGAUAAAAAUACACUUUUAAGCCAAAGAUAAAAUUGAACCACAGAGCAUAUAAACACAGAAUCUAAAGGCCGGCCGCGUGAUUGAGUAGUUGUAUAUAAAGAAUAAAGCUUGAAAAAUAGGUUUCACUGGGGCUUUGAAACGAAGCCUGUACAAGAGCGAAUUUCAACUGACUAAGUUGCAAAUGCUCUACUUCAUUAAUAUAUUGAUUUUAAAUCAAUUUUGGUAUUCAGUCAAAAUAUUUGUUUGUUAUGUAUGGAAUAUCGGCUCUAAUAGAGCUUGAGCUAUCACGGGUAUAAUUAAAGUAAACUGACGUUUUGUUUUCUUACGUACUUUUGCUUUUGCCUUUGCACAAAACUGAUUGAUCCGAAAGAGAAUGGCUUAGAUAUUUUUAGAUAUUUGACAUUAAAUUGAACUACGAAAUUGUUUUACUGCUUUGCCGGGGGUGAUGUCUGAUUUCUGAUAAAACAAUGCAUUUUCCUCUGAUUUAGAUGGGUUUCUUAGCUGCGGCGCCUUUCCUUGUUAAAGGUGUGUGUUCUCCCAUGUCAGGAUUAGCAGCAGAUAUUCUAAGGAAGAGCACAGUAUCAACAACAGCUGUUAGGAAAAUAUUUUAUGCUGCUGGUACGUAACUUAGAACUUAAAAAAUUUGAGAGGGAUGUUAAAUUUAUACAAACGGUUUUAUGCGCUAUGUAUGAGUUAUUUAGCAGGCGUAAGGUCAAGGAUGUCUCAGAUGUCUGGGCCCGGUUGCAUAAAACCUGCACUUAAGUGCUCACUUAAGUAGGUCACUUACGAAUCCGUUAUGGGGACACUUACGGGUGUUGCAUGGAACGCACUUAGCACUCUCGUAAGUUUCUGUUUUACGUGGUAACUUACGGGCUCACUUAAGGGCACAGGUAACUUUGAUAUAGUACCUUAUCAGUGACCCACUCUAUUUUUUUUAAGCUAACCAUCGAUGGGUGUAAAGAAAUUAGCUGGUCGUUUCGAACACUGUUGAGCCUCUGUUAGAUGAUAAAUUCAGCCGGUUGAGAUAACGUUUUAUAUAGACAGAAAAAAGUGUGUCAUCAUUUAACCAAAAAAAACUUAUUCGACCGAGAACUUUCGACAUAAUAAAAAAUAGUUUCUUAAUGUAAUUUCUGCGCAGGUUCUAAACUACUUGUUAAUGUUAAGUUUUCGUCUAAACAACUGCAACUUAAGAUCAAGCGGCUGUUCCUUCUUUUUUAGAAUUCUCAUUUUGACGCAUGCUCUCCUUUUAAAUGCUCUUCAUAUAUCUUCUUAAUGCUCCUUCCUUUCUCUAUGUCCUUGUUCCCUAACAGAGUCGGAAUCAGGUACAGUUUGGUUAUUUUGUUUGUUCUUCCCUUAAACGGCUUUCUUCUUACUCCUUCUCCGAAGUUCUCUAGCCACUUUCUAGUUCAACCACCCUGUCUGGGCGAACUGGAAGGUAAGAUGAAGUUGACGAUAGGCUGUAUUUCUCAAUGGCGCCACUUGAAGCAUCAAGGGUGUGUUCUCUGGCUUGGAUAUUAUCCCCAGAGUCUAUUCCACCAACUAUGGAUACGAGGUAGGGAUUUUCUUUUCCGAGUAUCUCGGUGAUUAGCUCGUCACCAUCAGUCCACUCUAUUGCACCUGCACCCCAGUCUUCUUUCGUUUGGCGUAUUUGGCUUUAGUGGCUGACGACAAGUCCUCCCAUUUCUUUUUAAGUUGUUCCUUGGUUCUUGGUGGGAACCCGGCGGCUAUACUAGCUGUGUGUAGUGCAGGUACGAAUCCUAAUUUGGGUGCCAAUCUCCAACCAUGUUUGCAUUUUCAAUAUAAAUGUCAGUGUAGGAGAUAAAGUACCGAAUAGAGUCAUCUUUCUCCUUUUUACCUCAUGGAGGAAAAAAUUAUGAUUUUAUCCGUCUUAAAAUUCGGCGCUCUUUUUCUGGGGUUAGAGCCUUGUUCAUCUUCAGAAUUCCGUUUCAUUGACAUCCUAGAAAUGUAGAAAUGUUUUUCUAAACGAUGAUGAAGAAGAAGCUACGGGCGACAGCAGCAAUGUUGAUGAAGGGUACCAAGACGACAUUAAUGAAACUGAAGAGGGUCGAAAAAAACGUUAGGAAUUUGUUCGUUGUUUUUUUCAUAAUCCUUAUAAUCUAUUGAAGCUGAUGACAGUUUUAAAAUGUUUUCAGAUCAUUCAGCAAAGAAGAUUGACAUUUUAAUAUCCUAUGAGUGCAACUCAUCAAGUCCGUUGACUUUCGUUGAAAUACGUUUGCAUGCUAUCGUUAUUUUACAAGAAUAUUUACUGAUAAUGUUUGUUGCAUGUUCUACUUUUUUUUUCUGAAAGACGGCUUUAAAUAAAGUGAGCCUCAGAGGUUAAAAAAGCGCAUUAGAACGGAAUUACUUAAAUAAAAAACUUUUUUUUCACUUCUCAGUGAAAGAUCUCGUUAACUUUAGUAGAAACAGUAAGGAUACGGGACCUACAUAGGUCCCGUAAAUUUACGUGCCAUUUUUCCCGUAAAAAAGGUUUUAUGCAACACCCGCAAUUUCUGUUGCAUAAAUGACACUUAAGUGAAUACUUACGAAAAUCGUAAGUGCAGUCACUUAAGUGAAAUCCCUAAGUGGACCACGUAAGUGAUUUAAUGCAACUCACUUAAGUUACGAGUACACGUACGUAUACCCGCAACUGUUACGGGCGUUUUAUGCAACCGGGCCCUGGAUAUUAGCCAAGUUCUUUUUUGCGUGAAGUCGAUGUAAAAACGCAAAAAAGAACGAGGCCAAUGUACAGACAUCUUGACCGAUAUGGGAUUGUUAAAUGGCCAAAAAAGAACUUUUUCUCGCGGGAUGAACACAAGAUUGACAUAAGAAAUCCAAUCAGGACGCAGGUUUCGCUUCAUCUUGCCCGCUUGCAGAUUCAGUCAUAUGAUAACGUCAUCUUAUUGUCAGCAAAAUCCUGAAAGCACAGUUAUGGCUGAGUAGACAGAGCGGUAGCUGGACUUGCAAUUGAUUGCAUGCAAUUUAUUAUGAUAUGUGUGGAUCCACUAGAAGUAGUAUUCUAUUCGUAUACUCUGACUCUUAGAUGCAGCGAACUUAGAGAUCAGCCUGUGUAUUGUAAGUGUCGUGGCUUACAAGUAGUUAAAAGAGAAGAACAUUACAGACUCGUCAGCCCCAAAAGUGGUCCUGGUUGCUUACGACGGGUUUCAGGACUUUUACUGGGCAAGUUUUGAUGUUUAGGUGAUCGCUUAUUGGAGGUAGUCGGGCGCACAUCAAGGUUCGAAUGUAACACAAUCCAACUUGGGACGGUAUCGAAAGCGUUAUAGAAAUUAAACUCAUUUUAUUCUUUGUAAUAUAGGGAAUUCUAGCUUUGCAUUCGGCUUUCGUAUGAUCUCGGAUAACGUUAUCCACCUCGGCCGUCCUCGAUCCGCAUAAAUCUUCACAUCAUACUCAGAUUUUUAAUCAGAUUUUCUCGUUCUUUCAUUACAGGCGCGAUAGCGAGUGGAUUGUUAGUCCUGAUAGCUGGCUAUUCUUUAAACGUCACAGUUGUGGUCGUCUGUAUGAGCCUCGCUGGUAUGACGACGUCACUAGCAUACCCAGCAUACACUGUGAACAUGCUGGACAUUGCUCCGCGAUACGCCAGUAUCAUCAUGGGCAUCUGCAACACAAUCGGCACCACUGCUGGCUUCGUUAGUCCAACUGUUGUAGGUUUUAUCACGCAACAUCAGGUUGGUAUUUCUCAAUCUCCUUCCAGGGUUCUUUCCUACUCGUUCUUGCGGAGCCCCUGGAAAACUUUAGUCAAGAGGGGAGGGUGGAAGGCCGGGGCAGAUUGUUUAUUCCUGGAAGUACCCAGUAGGGCCAUGUCUCAAUAACCUUGUCGCCGUUGAGGGUAAAAUAGUAACCACUGACGUAGUUUGUCUAGUUUCAUAUCAUCAGAAGUAAAAAAGAAUGAUGCUGAAAGAAGACCAAUUUAUUUAGAUGUAAAUUAGUUGUGCCAAGGAGCUCAGAAUUUGAUAGGUUUAUAGCAUGGGGUUUGCUACCAUUACAGAUAAGGCAUGUCCAUGCAUCUAAUGCGGACCUAUUAACUGACUCAGCAUUUGAGUCGAUGUCUGAGUCUUCGAUAUAACCUGAGAUCAGGCCCAAUUUUAGCAGGUAUCACACAUUCUAUCUUACCCGCGGAAAUGUUAUUCAAAUAGCAAAACGAUAAUUGAUACUGCCGACACAUCCACUUUACCUAUUUGGUAUCAAAGUUACUUUAGAAACUGACCCCUUAUUAACCAAUUUUUUUUUUAUUUUAGCCUAACGUUUUCACUAAGUAAGCCUUCUGCCUUCUCUUACAGUCUGCAAAAGAAUGGCAAGGGGUGUUCUGGAUAACAUUUGCGAUUCUACUAGCGGGAACUGUACUUUUUUGCCUGUUUAUGUCUGGAGAACGUCAAGAGUGGGAUAAAACUGAAAUGCAAAAAGCUGCAGAUGAUACGGUGGAAUCACAAGCUGAAACUCCGGCGAAUUGA